CCCUCUCAGACACAGUCUCCAUUUUUUUGAGUCCGACUCCCAUCAGCAGAUCCAUCAUGCCUACCUUCGUGAUCAACACCAACAUUUCCCGGGACGCUAUUCCCGAAAACCUCCUUUCUGAAUUGACUCAGCAGCUGGCUAAAGCUACAGGCAAACCGGCCGAGUACAUUGCUGUGCAUAUCCUGCCUGAUCAAAUGAUGAGUUUUGGGGGCUCAACGGACCCCUGUGCUCUCUGUAGCCUGCAUAGUAUUGGCAAGAUUGGGCUGUCACAGAACAAGAGCUACACGAAACUGCUGUCUGAUAUUCUGAGCAAACAGCUCCACAUACCCCCUGACAGGUGUUACAUCAACUUUUAUGAUUUAAAUGCUGCUAACGUGGGUUGGAAUGGCUCUACAUUUGCCUAAUGAUAUCGCCUGCAGCCAUGGGGCCAAGGCUACCAGUCAUCCUUCAAACGUCUUCCCCAGAUCUCACUGUUAAACAUUCCCUCUUCAAUAAAACAUCUAUCUGAAAUGUUA